AUGGAUUCAAGAACUCUUCUUGAUCAUGCUCUCUUUCAACUCACACCCACCAGAACCAGAUGUGAUCUGGUGAUUUAUGCUGGUGUUGUGAAUGAGAAAUUGGCAUCUGGCCUCUUAGAACCAUUCCUUCAACACUUAAAAACUGCUAAAGAUCAGAUAUCAAAAGGAGGGUAUUCCAUUUCUCUUCGUCCUCUGUCUCCCAAUGCCUUCUGGUUCACUAAAGCCACUCUUCAAAGAUUUGUGAGGUUUGUUAGCUCACCAGAAGUUCUUGAGAGAUUUGUGACAAUAGAGACGGAAAUAGAGCAGAUUGAGAGUUCCAUUCAAUCAAAUGAGCUAUCAAAUGGAGAUGCAGAAGGUGCUGCUGGAAAUUACCAAAAGUCAACUGUCUCAUCUAAGUCAAGAGGAGAUCAAAAUGGAGGCAGUGAUGGUGUACAAGAAGAAAAUUCCAAGGUUCGUCUUCAUCGUGCUUUGGAAACUAGGAAAGCUGUUCUUCACAAAGAGCAAGCAAUGGCAUAUGCCCGUGCCUUGGUCACUGGAUUUGAACCAGACUUUAUAAAUGAUCUUAUCUCUUUUGCUGAUGCUUUUGGAGCUUCACGUUUAAGUGAAGCAUGCAUAAAUUUCGUGGAACUAUGCAAGAAGAAGAAUCAAGAUCGGCUUUGGAUGGAUGAAAUAGCAGCAAUGCAAGCAUCUCGGCUGGAAUUGCCUUAUCUUGGAACUUCUGGUAUUGUACUUGCUGGUGAGGAAAAUUACCCUGGUCAAAUUGGUGGUCUCUCUGGCGGGAAGCAUAAUGGUUCGAUCGAUGCAUCAGAAUCAGCUACAAGUCUUGGAAGUUUAGACCUAAACCCAGAUAGUGGUUUGCCAACAUCAGCUCAGAUGCAAUCAAAUGAUGGGAAAGCUCAUAUGCCAAUGCCAUGGCCAAACCAUCAUCCUCAGUACAUGCACAACUUUCAAGGUCCUGUAUUUCAACAAAUGCCGCCGUAUCAAGGCUACCUUUUUCCUGGUAUGCAGUAUGGCUCUCCAUAUUUUCCGGGGAACAUGCAAUGGCCUCCAAAUGUUGAUGAUUCUACCCUUGGUCAAGACUGGGAACCUGAUGAUCGUCAGAAGCAUAGAUCAUCCUCCAGGCACAAGAAGUCUUCUCAUCGAAAAGAUGUGCAAGCUUCGAAUCAAGAUGAAUCCACUGAACCCAGUGAUUCAGAAACUGAAUCAGAUGAAAAUCUGCCAAGUGACAAAAAUCAGUCAUCGUUUGAUAGGAUCCGCAGGAAAAAGCAUGGGAAGAAGUCCUCAAGAAAGGUUGUCAUUCGCAACAUCAAUUAUAUUACUUCAACAAAGGAUGAAGAAAAAGGCAGCAUGUCUGACACCACAUCUGAUGAAGAUGAAUUUAUUGAUGGAGAAGCUCUCAAGCUGCAAGUACAGGAAGCUGUUGGCUCAUUGGAGAGACGGCAUAAAUCAACCUCUCGACAUCACAAGAAAUCACAGCACAGCGCUAUAGAUGGUUCGAAUGAUGCUACUGAUCAGGAAAGCAAGAAUAUAACUGCAAAUAAUCUUAAAGGAGAAAAAGGAAAGGACCACUGGGGUGCCUUUCAGAGCCUUCUCCUGCAAGACAGAGAGUUGGACUCUUUUGGAACUGAACCACAUCCCCCACAGAUUCAGAGAGAUGACCUUACAGCUAAAAGCUACGAGGUGGGAAGGUCAUUGGAAUUUAAUCUGGAAUCUGAGGGAAUAAGGAAGCAAAGAGCAUUAUCAAAUGAUUCAUUCAUCGCAACAAAGAAGGAGCCUGGUUAUGAAGGUAAAUCUCACGUUGAAAACUUUGAAGCUGGUGCAAAUGUCCACCCAAUGAUAAAGAAAAGGGAUAGCACAUAUGAGUUGUUAUUUUCUCAAAGAGCUGGAGAAUCAGGGAACUAUCCCCGACAUACUGCUGCUGAAUAUUCCACUGAAUCUCAAGCAAUCAAAAGUCAAAAAGAAGGGGAUUGGUUUUUUAGCAGCCAACUGGACAAGUCAGUAAACAGGGAUCAUCACAUGGACUGUAAAGUAUUUAGUAGCGAUUAUGAUUUAUCAUUAACUGGUGAGCAUUUCCAAACUGAGAAAAAUAAGAAAGAUGUUCUAGCGGAUGACUCAUUCAUGAUCCAAGCUCGACCUUUAGUAGAUGAUCGACCUGAUUCACUAUUACGGACAGACAUAAGCAUUGCUCCAGAUGUAGUUGAAGCUACUCAAUAUGAGAACGGUACAACAGAGAUUUCGCACGAUAAAUCUAAAGCAUUUGAUGUCCAUGAACCAGAUGACCUUUACAUGGUGCUUGGGCGGGAUUCGGCUGCUGAGCAUGCUUUAUCGCCUUGGACUCCAGAAAUGGAUUAUGAAACAAAUGCUGCUCGGGAUAAGCUUUCUUCUAACAGUACAGGCACCAAUGGCAAAAAAAGUGGAAAUCCUGGUGGAAAAGUUGCUGGUAAAGAAGCCAGGUCAAAAGUUCCUAAUGGAUCUCUUGGUAGGAGCAAAUCUGACAUCAUGUCAAGGACGAAGAAACCAACUUCUGCAAGCAGAACCACACUUCCGAAGAGCAAAUCUGAGAAGGUAUUCGACAAGGAUUUAAGCUAG